AGUUUGCGGCAUGCAAUCAGCGAGGCGCCCGUUGACUCGUGACGCUUCCGGUCCAGGCUUCCGCUCCGUGGAACCGCACCGUUUCCGUUCGGCUGCCCAGCCCACCACCACCGCCGCCGCCGCCGCCGCCGUCGAUCUGCCCCUCCCUCCUCCCCCAUUCGUCGUACAUCCCGUCGAAUCCACGGAGAAUCCACUAUCGAAAUCUCAGUGCCAGCGUCUCGUCACCGUAACAACACGCAUCGCCGUUUCAUCCACCCGUCGUCCACGGAUAAUCGGGUCGAGUGAUUUUCGUGAUCGUUGCUCCAGAAGGAAAACCGGGCGGCGCCUCGUUCCCUCUGUCGAUCGAGGAUCGAACGUCUCAUGUGUGUGUGUAUAUGUAUAUAUACGAUCUUCGAAAUUGAUCGGUCAAUAGUCGCCACGACCGUUGUUACAUCGGAUAAUGUUCCAUCAUUCUCGAAAUCUCGCGCUUGUUGAUCGACGAGGAGCCGUAAACAAGCGGUAUGCGCGUUCCUUCCGAGAGAAAGAAAGAGAGAAAGAGAGAGAGAGGGGAGGGAGAAGCGACGAGCCGCAUGGUACAUGAACAUACGUACACCUAAAGUUUGGACAUCGCGAUGGCCGGCCGGUGGUUUUUAAUCCGAGCUGGUGGAUAAUCAGGCUCGAUCAUCGUCGACCGAGAAAAAGUACAAGUGAUCGGUGGAACGAAAGGCAAAACACGUUGUGCACGUUUGUGUUACGCUUAAUUGUGGUGUGUAUCCAGCUCGGUGUGCCCUUGGUUUGGACGUGGUGAAAAUGGCUGUGGUGCCGGUGGGUAAGAAUAAAUUGAAAAUAGGCAGCGCCGGCCGAUACUACAGCGCCUAUCUCAUCUACGACGUGGCGAACUCGUGUCUGGCCGCGUUGCACGCCAAGAUGCCUCCUCCGGUUGUCGUCACGCGAACCAACCCUCCGUCUCCUGUGCACGUCCAGAACCCCCAACACUACCACAUAUUCGUAGGAGAUCUGAGCCCGGAGAUCGAAACGCAGACCUUGAGGGAAGCCUUCGCUCCUUUCGGCGAAAUCUCAGAUUGCAGAGUCGUGAGAGAUCCACAAACGCUCAAAUCCAAAGGAUAUGGAUUCGUUUCCUUUGUUAAAAAAGCGGAAGCGGAAAGUGCCAUCGGUGCCAUGAAUGGACAAUGGCUUGGUAGCAGGAGUAUUCGAACGAAUUGGGCGACUCGCAAACCCCCUGCGCCAAAAUCCGAGGCAAACGCGAAACCAUUGACUUUCGAUGAAGUGUACAAUCAAAGUAGUCCGACCAACUGCACGGUGUACUGCGGCGGACUCACCAAUGGUCUAACGGAAGAGCUAAUGCAAAAAACAUUUUCGCCUUUCGGAUCCAUCCAAGAGAUUCGCGUAUUCAAGGACAAGGGUUACGCUUUUAUCAGGUUUUCUACCAAAGAAUCGGCGACACACGCUAUUGUGGCAGUUCACAACACCGACAUCAAUGGUCAAACGGUGAAGUGUAGCUGGGGGAAGGAGAGCGGGGAUCCGAACAAUGCUCAACAAACUGGACAGGCGUUAUCGUCGGCGACGUACCCAUACUACGCGGCGGCAGCAGCUGCCGCCGCGGCGGCGGCAGGCGUCGCGGGUGUCGGAGGCGUCGGUGGCGUCGGCGGUGCCGGCCAGCUAGGAUACUGGUACCCGCCCCAAUCUUAUCCGACGACAGCGACGCAGAUGCAAGCCGGUGGUUUCCUUCAAGGGAUGCAAGGAUACACUUACGGCCAGUUCGCCGGGUAUCAACAGGCGCAAUACAUGGGAAUGGGAAUGGGUGUCCACGCUGCUGGCACGGCGGCAGGUUGGGGCCAGGGAUUACCUGGGGGACCACAGUUACCGCCACACCAUGCCACGACGGUCACGGCACCCCCAGGGGUGCAAGCCGCACCCCCACCACCACCACCUCCGGCACAAAUGAUGGCCUACCCGAUGCAACAGUUCCAGUGUGUUCUUGGUUGCGGUCCAGCUAGCGGAUGAGGACUGGCUGACGCCUAGCCUUCUAGUGUGAUGGUAAGCAAGUACACCCCACCAACAGGAACAACUUCUACAGCAACAACAGUUACCACCACCACCACCACCACCACCACCACCACCAUUAUCACCACUACUACCACAACUACCAACAACAACAAAAUUUCCGUCACCAUCGACGCCACCGCGACAGCAAAAGCAACAAAAAUCAUGCCGCUUCCGGCUUGAUCCACGAAACAUAAAGCAGUGGGCAUCGAUUGCCAGAAAACGUAAUAGUUGAUCGAUCGCUUUAUUAAACCAGACAAAACGAAGUAAACGAGCAAAGGGGAUGAUUUCUUAUCCAUACAAAAAACAAAUAAAUAAAAACAUCUCUUAAAGUGUAUAUAUAUAUGUAUAUAUACAUACGUACGUACAUAAAUACAUACAUACAUACAUACAUACACGCACACAGAUAUAUAUAUAUAUAUACAUAUAUACUUUUGAAUGAGAAGAAAGAAAAAAAGAGGAAAAAGUGAAAAAGAUAAGGAGAAGAGAAUAAUACUUGCAGAGACUUCCCCGUCAAAUUUUCACGUCCAAUAUAAUAUAAACCGGCAAUCUUUACGGGAAGGUUAAAAAAGAAAGGUUAACUGGUACCGUCAACAAAUCGGAGGUAUCCCUCUCGUCCAGUUUGUAGGAUAAUGUAGCGUCUCUCUCGGCUUGAAUUAAUAGAUAACGUUGCCGUCACGGUAGUGUCAAAAGCUUCAGUAAUGAAACACGAAUUCCGGGAUACGCGGACCACCAUGUGAUCAUCAAAGACAGUUUGUAGCGUAAACAGCCAAUAUUUUGUGUGUUGCCAUCGUCCACAAAGGACAUGAUUACAGAAGAGGCGAACGAGUUGACGCACGUUGAACAACCUCGUGAUUUGCACUUUCCGCCAUUUAAUCGACGCUAAACUCCUUUAUCUCGGGAGAAAGAGAGAGCGAGCGAGCGAAAGAAAGAGAAUGGAAGAGAAAGAGAGAGAGAGAGAGAGAGAGAGACGUAUGCGCGCGUGUGCGAGCGAGUGCGUGAGAGAAAAAGAGGGAACGAGAGAAUGAGAACGAGAGGAAGGAAGAGAGAUUGAAAAGGACGCCGCCGUUUAUUUAUUGACCCGUAACCCGGAUUCAUUAUUUUUGUAGUUUGGGCUUAACAAAGUGAAAAUUAAUAAAUCGAAAACGAAUAAUAUUGAAAGAGGGCGCGUGUGCGAAACGCGUCGUCACUCGGAAUCGCGAAUCGGCGACCGACAAGUAAUCGUGGUGUAUAAAUGAUAAAAAUAUUAUUAAAGGGAGGAGAUCGAAUAAUAAAGCGUACACAUGCGUACCCACACAUACACGAACACGAACACGAACACGAACACACACUCGUGAAGAUUAUAAUGCGAGGUAAAAUAUAAAAAACAAACACGAAAAAAAAAAAAGUUAUUACAUAUAAACGAAAUUCAAACAAUUAGCUAGUUAGGUAGGUAUGUUAUAAUAAAAAGUUGCUCGAGGACGAUUCGAAAUUCGGCGGCAAGGCGGAAACAGACCUUGAGAGGAGAAAAAAUAUAUUAUAUAAAAUAAUAAUAGUAAUAAUAAUAAUAAUAAUAAAAUAAUAAUAAUAAUAAUAAUAAUAAUAAUAAUAAAAUAAUAAUAAUAAUAAUUCGACGAUAUUCCGCUGUUCCUGAGUGAACUAAUUAAACAUACAUACCUUCGUACAACCCAUACUCGAACUAUCGCGAACCACGGAACUGAAAGAUCCACGUGUCUUAAAAUCCAUUUUUCCGCCAACUGCGAGGACUUCUUAUCUUCGGUUUAUUAUAUUUAUUAUCACAGACUCGAGGCCAAAAAGACAAAUCAUAAGCGAAGUCUUCGCAGGCUAGUCGAAGAGCCGUUUUUAUUAUUCGACUUUGAUCCUUUUGACGCGGCACUUCUUUAGACAGUUGGAUAUUUUUAUAAAGAGAGAAAAAAAAGAAAAAAAAAAAGAUCAGCCGUAAGCGCCGAGGGGUGUCGACCGAUGCUGUUCGCGCGUCGAUUUCGAGAGGAAUUAAAAGAAAAAAAAAAAAAAAAGAAAAGGAAAGAAAAGAUGGGAAAAGGGGAAAGAGGGGGGAAGGGAGGAAAAGAGACGAUCGAGGGAAAGAGGAUCGAGGAUCGAAAGAGCGUCGUCCAGCGAUCGAUCGACUCCAAUCAAUCGUGUCUGGUCUACCGUGGUUUUUAACUUAAUACCUUAGAUUUUUAUAUAAUACCAAUAGAACCAAAAGGGGAAAAUCUCGACUUUAAGACGCUUAAGCAAUAAAUCAUUAAGCUUAGGAAAUGAGAAGAAACAAAAUCGUAUUAUCCCUGCGUCUCUCUCUCUAUACUGUAAACUCGCUCUCAGCUUUUCCAGCUUCGUAAGCCACGAAUUCGUAACAACGAAUGGUAUAUACAUAUAUAGAUUGGAGAGAAGGGACACGCGACGUGAGUUUUAAGGAAUCAAAAAAAAAAAAAAAGAAGGAAAGAAAGAAGGAAAGAAAAAAGUGAAAAUCGAGAUAAAAAUGGUCUGUCCGACGUCCCGAAUUUCGACUUGGCCGAUCUAACCGAAGCAAAAUGAAUUAAAGAAAAAAAAAAUAAAAAUAAAAAUAAAAAUAAUAAUAAUAAUAAUAAUAAUAAUAAUAAUAACGAAAUCGAAACAAAAGCAAAAAAAAGUGAGCAAGGGAGUACACGUGUUAAGCGUGCAUGGAUACGCUGGUGCGCGUACAACAAACGAGAGAAUGUUGAUAAUAAAAGAGAGUGAGCGAAUUAUGGAGAGUAACUGCGAAUUAACUGAAGAAUUAAUUAAUAAGCACAAGCGAGAGACGAGAGCAAACGAGAAAAAAAAAAAAGAAUUAAAAACAAUUCGUAGAUAGAUAGAACACAUUGCACAAAACAGCACGAAAGUUAGAUUAGAGGAUCCGUCGAAGAGUUCCUUCCUCGCGAAUGCGUAUCCCUGUCCUCCGAUUCAAAUCUUUCUUAAGGGUUGUCUCUCUUUGUGUAACUCCGUCGUAUCCAGGGGGGAAGGGAGGGAAAAAGAAAAAGAAAAAGAAAAAGAAAAAAAGAAAAAGAAAAAGGAAAAAAAAAAAAAAAAGAAACAAAAUUCCUUUAACCCUUUAAACCGUUGCCGUUUAAUAAUAGCUGAAGGAACGGAAGGGAGAAAAAACGAGAGAGGGGAAAGAAGAUCGUUAGGGGGGAGGAGUACAGAUUAAGGAUUAAGAAAAAAAUGAACGCGAAGAUCGACGACGGUUUAACAAGUAUAACGAGAUACGAAGUAAUCCCAUCUGAUUUGCCUAUCUAUGAUCCACCGUGCUUUAGACCUUCGUAACCAUCCCUCCUCCUCGUCUAUUCUUACUCCAUGCUUCGUCUCUUUCGGUUUUAAGCACGAUCCGAUGUUUCGUACACCCGCUACUUCCUCUGUUUCGUCGCUCGAAAUCGUCCUUUGAUAGCCGCCCUCUCUCUCUCUCUCUCUCUCUCUCUCUCUGUCCCCUGGUAUUUGUACGGUAUUUUUUUCAAUAAUGAAACUGUCUCAUCAUACGAGAGCGGAUGCAAAAUCCACGAGUGAGUUCGAGUAUCCCCGUUUGCGACGAAACCCAUAGGAUUUAGACGAGUGAACCGAAUAGAGCUGAUAGAGAAACGAUAGGGAAUAGAGAGGGACGAGUGUGAAAGAAGGAUACGCGAUAAAGGGGACGAGGGAGGUGAAAAACGGGCGAGAGGACACGGGAGGGAGAAACGUGAGAGUGGGGAGAGGGGAGAGAGGGGUGGACGACUUUGUUAUUAAUCAAAAGAUAGACGGAUCGUGCUUUAAACGAAUCAAAAGCGUUUCGACAACGUUUUCGAAUCAAAAAAAGAUAGAAAGAAAGAAAGAAAGAAAGAAAAAAAAGAAAAAAAGGGGGAAAAAGGGGAGGGAAAAAAAAAGAAGAAGAAGAAGAGAAAAAAACGCGAUGAUCAAAGAACGAUACAGGGGGGGGAACGUUUGCCAGACGUCGUUGAAGAGAACAUAUUUGCGAGUGCAUAGAAUACGAGAGAAUCGACGAAAUCAAACCCGCUUGGGACAAACGUAGCGUUUAGGAAUUUAUCAGUAAAUUUAAAAAUAAUAAUUUCCCGAAAAAAAACGAUUCGAUUACCCGUAGUACGUGGAUAUGGAUAUAAAAGGUGUGCCUUCAGUCCAUCUCGCGGACCACAAAUAUUUCGUGCCAUUAAUUCCUCGUAAACUAAAUAUUUCUCUAUUCGGCGAGAAGAAAACGAAGCAAACGUUUCUAUGCCUGAAACAUAAAACGUAAGUUUAUUAGAAAUCUGACAGGUACGCGUAAUUCGAUAAUCUUCUUAGUGUCUUCCCUGAAGUACGAAAAAAAAAAAAAAAAAAGAAAGAAAGAAAAGAAAAGAAAAAAAAAAAAGAGGAGAGGUUAUCUCGACAAAGAAAAACUUGGAAAGUUGGCCGUGGUUGAGAUAUUUGUUAUUGAAAUUUUUAAUCGCGAUUUAGAGAAAGAAAUGUUGAUUUUGCGUGUUUGAAACACCUGUUAUUAAAAAUUGUUUCGCUCGUUGAUCCGUGUGUUUUUUAUUCUAACGUUUUAUUUUACGAACGGUAAAUCUUUUAUCGCUCGAUAUUGUUGAUAUUUCUAGCGGUUAAUUAAAAUAUUUAUAUCGCGUCGAUACGAAGACACGAGACGAAUCGGUGCAAUAUAUACUUUCAUUCGUAAUUCUUGUUCAUUUGUGUCGAUGCUUUAACAGGAGAGCAAAUAGCGAAUUGCAAAUUGAAUCAAAAAGUUUGUACAGCGAAGAGAAGAAAUUUUUUUUUAUCGUAAAACAACCUAAAAACAUAAGAAUUGUGGCCCAAGAUUUAAAAAAAAAAAAAAAAAACCAACAUCAAAACAUAUAUUUCGCUCUAUGUCCGUCAAUUGUUUUAUAAUUAAAAAAUAUAAACACGAGAGACGUGUAGAGAGUCAUUUGUAGAAAAGAAAGCGAAGAAAAAAAAAAUUACACGAGAAUACAACGAAGUAACGCAAAAUUCACGAUCGCCCAGAAAUCGUGUGUGAACGUUAAUUAAAUGAUUGGCUCUAUUCGAGACACGAGUUUCAACGAGUUCCAUUUCUCGACACAAACUAAAAGAAUAAAAUAAAAAUGCGCAGCCUAAUAAAAGGACACGGUACCGAUCGCGAGGAAGAAACGAAAGAAUUAUAAAUAAAUAUAUAUAUAUACAUACAUAUAAAUACAAGAAAAAUAUAUAUUAUAUAUAUAUAUAUAAAAAAAUACCAAUACCGUGCAGCGGCGACGAAAGCUGUUAUUUUGAAAUUCGUCGUGAAGCGAGAAUGAAAGCGCUGUGCGUGAGAUUAAGAGAGAGAAAAAAGGGGAGGGGGGAAAAAAAAAAAAAGAAGAAGAAAAAAAGGAUAAUAGCUUUUAAGUGACGAAGAGAGAACGGUAAGAACGUAAGUGAAAAAAAAAAAAACAAAAUAUCGUGUACAUUAUUAGUUAGGCGAAACAAACGAGAAAAAAAAAAAUAAAAAUAUAGGGUUAUUUUUCUGAAAAGUGGAACGAGCGAGAGAAAAAAAAGGGAGGGGGGGGAAGAGGGACGGCGUAGGGUAAGAGUUCGAAUGUACGACGUGGAAAAUUGUAGCGCGAAUUUAAAGGGUGAGGGAGGGGGAGGGGGCGGGGAAGUAACUUGAGGUGUCGUAUUGAAAGAAAGUCGAUUAAAGGGGGGAGGGGGGGAGGGGAAGGAGAAAAUCAAAUCAUACGUCUGGUACACUCUACUCUUACGUCCUUCGGCCGUAUAAUCACUCCCCUUGCCAGAAAGUUCACUUCUCGACUCGAUUCCACUUUCAACGGGGAAGAAAAGAGAGUGAUCCCCUCCCCCUACUCUUUUAAAGAAUUACGGGGGGAUCCUCGUCCUGUAAAAAGUAUUUGAAGAAUGGCGUCUUAAGCAUUAAGGCGUGUAUAGAACUUACCGAUAGUCUCGAGUACGUUGUCUAGGUAAUAAUAAAAGCGAAGCGAAGCUAGCCAAGUGAAAAGAGGGAAAAAAAAAAAAAAAUUGAGUGAGGGAAAAAAGGAAAAAAAAAAGAGGGGGGAGAAGAAGGAGAAACGGCGCAAGCAUCAAAGGGGAAACCAAAAAAUGUAGUAUAAAGUGAUAAGUAGAUAAUUAAUGUAAUCUAAUUUAGUGGAGACGAGUACCACGGAGUUUUUGGAAAGUAACGAAACACAAAGCGAGAGUGGAAAUCGAGGAAAUGAAGAAAAGGAAAACGUGUAAAAAAAAAUUUAGGUAAAGAAAAAAAAAAACCGAGAGAAUGACGAGAUGACGAGAGCGAAAGAGUGAAAGGAAACGAGUGAUUGAGAAAAAGAGAGAGAGAAUGUGUCGAUACGUGUAAUGGAAAAAUCCAUUUACGGUACCUAAGUCAUGCGCGUAAUAGCGCCCCCCCCAAAAAAAAAAAAAAUAAUGGAAUACAAAGUGACACGCGUACACUAUACAUCUAUACUAUAAACGCACGCACGCACAAAACAUACAUGUACACGUAUGUAAAUACACAAACUGCAAAAGGAAAAAAAAAAAAACUACACACACUCUUCUACAGAACAGCGUAUGUAUAGAAAGAACGUAGCGGCGAGGAAAAGUUAAAAGAAAAAAAAACGACAACUCUAGGCUUAGUAAUCUAGUCUAGCUUGACGAUCGCUAGGUUAACGAGGUUAAGAAAAGAAAAAAAGGUUCAUGAAAAAAAAAUAUAUAUAUAUAUAUAUACAUAUAUAUAUAAUAAAUAAACGAAUAGCGCAAUAACUAUAUCCGCAGAUCACCUCCAGCACUGUUACACAUACACAUACAUAUGUGAACACAAUUCGUAUACACGCAUAUACGCCCACACACAAACACACACAAACAUAUACAUACACACACACACGUGAAACACACGAAAAUGCAUAUAUAAUACGGAAAUAAAGAUAUAUACGUAUAUAAGAAACAAGCUACGGCUGCUGCCUCCAUCCUUCGUCCGUGAUCUCGAGACGCAACUCUAGAAUUUUCCGCAGCCCCUCGUAACGCGUCCGAUAUUUCGCAAUUCUCGCCGUUUCAAGAAUUUUUACCGUCGUGUCGUUUAAGCUUCAGCAAGCUGGCAUACCAGCCGCCUAACCGUUAUCGAAUCACGACAUUCUCGCGUUACCACGACCCAGUUCCCUCCUUUUUUUCCUUUCUUUUUUUUCUCCUUUUCUUCUCUCUCUCUCUCUCUCUCUCUCUCUCUCUCUUCCUCUUUCUCUCUCUUUUCCCUCUUUCUCCCCCAACCCACCACCUCUUCUUCCAUUCUCCUUUCACACUUACUGGCAUCUUCGACUUUCUUUCAUUACUACGUAUCACGUCUUUGUGACAUUCCUUUUGUCCCCGGUUCCCUUUUCUUCCUCGUUUUGUCUCCCGGCUUUUUCCUCGCGUCCUCCCGUGCCGAACCACCGAAAAUCGCUCUACAAAUGAUUUUUCUACACAGAAGGAUUAUAUAUCCCCUCGCGAAGAUUUAUAACCAAAUAUAUAGCCGACAAUCAUUCGAAGAAACAUACAUACAUACAUAUUUAGAAAGUUGUACGUGUUCCUUUUUUCCAUCGAGGAGGUAAGCGAAGAGAUGAUAAUAUUAUAGCCAAAUACUGUUCCCUCCCCCCCCUCUCCCUCCCUCUCCCUCCCCACCGGCACGCUUUCCAUUCGCGACGACGUACACGGCACGCGCGUAUACGAAUAAAUAAGUGGGCAGGGAGGAUUAUCGGUAUCGGUAUCGGCGAAGGGAGACGAAGGAAACGCUGCAUCGGUUUUGUCCAACGUUCGCCCCCAACGUUCGAUGUUCCGCCAUCGAGUCAUCGUGAUCACGCGCGCGCGCACAAACACACACACACACAAACACAUCCGCUUUUUUUAACAAAUAUACAACGAAAACACUUUCAACGCGUCGGCAUACGCGUUACGUUACGCAUUACAAAGCACGUGUAAAACAUAUCACCGCGUUAUUUAGCAAAGUCCGUGAAGAGUCUCCUCGUAGAAGAGAAAAUCCUCGUAGGGAGGGGAGCGACACGCGCAGCGUGUUGCGUUAAAUAGAUCCAAUGAAUGUAAUGUUAAUAACCGAUUAAACCGGUAUAUUCCUACGAAACAAUGAACGAGAAUCAAAGUUUGUACUGGUAGAAGCGUUAGAAAAAAAUCUAAACAAAAUGGUUACCAAUCCUAUUAUUUUUCCCGUAGAUAUAUCUCGAAAAAAAAAUUGUUAAUUGGUAAUCGCGAUUUACGAAAAUUUUUCUAUAAAAAAAGAAAAAAAUUCUUCGUUUUUCUUUUCUUUCCUUUCUUUUUCUUUUUUUUUUUUUUUUUUAGACGCUUCAUCGAACUAGAAACUACUACUACUAUUACUACUACUACUACUACUAUUACUACUACUACUACUAUUACUAUUACUAUUAUUACUACUACUACUACUACUACUACUACUACUACUGCUACUUUUUUAUUUUAUGAAAAUUUUUCCGUUCUUCGAUUUAUCAUGGUUGAAUAAGAGAUAGAGGGAAGGAUUAUUUUACGUAGAGAUUUUAUUUUACACAAUUCGUCGACCGUUCCUUCGACCAUACGCAGACGCACAGGCUGCGUAUACCUAUCUUACCGUCCUAUAAAAAAAAGAAAAGAAAAAAUAACAUUGUUUAAGAGUAGUUACAUUUAUUUAGAAAUGUUACUCUGAGAUGAUACGGGCCAAACAACAUCACGGCAUAUAUACAUAUACAGUAAAUGAACGACGAUCCAACGUUUGUACAUAUUUAGAGUCGUUUCGCGUAUGUAGGCAAGAGUCUAGAGGGAUACGAAAUUGUAGGAAAUUAUAGAUAACCAAGAUUUAGAUAAAUUGUACGUUUAGCCACGGCUAUUUCCAUAUAGCGCCCCGACACACUGAGUAUUUAUCUGUUCUUCGUGUAUAAAGAAGAUUUCGCGUUUGUACAAAUGAAGAUGAGAAGUAAAUAAAUAACGAUUGACGAACAAAAUUAUAUAUUUAACCGUUUGCGCUUGUUUAACGUUGUACAAAUGAUAACGCGUCGUAUUCCACGGAAACGUGGAAAUUGUGCCGCUAGAUUGAUAUAGCCGAUCGAACUUCGUCUAUAAUUGUUAAUCGCGACGUUUUAUGUCUAGGUCGAGCAAACAAAAGUUAAUAUACUUUAUAGAGAGGAAUCACCGCUUUUAUCAUUGACCAGUAGGAUUUCGCUUUCUUUUCGUUUCGAGUUCGGAUAGAGAACAGAGAGCGCAGGAGAAAUAAUUCGUUCGGGCGUUUGAAAGUUUCAAAAUGAAGAAGAAAAGAAAGAAUAAUAAAACGGGCGAGAAACAUGCACGGUUUUCUUUAUCCACGUAGAAAACUGAACGGCGAACGCCGAUGGAAGUCUAGUCUGAAUCUUUGCAAAAGAGAAAAAAGAAAAAAGAAAAAAAAUGUCGUCAUUGCUUGAAUGCGAUCAUCAUCUGUAACUCUUCUCGUGAAUCAGGGAAACUAGCAUAAGGGUAGGAAGGCAGCAGUCAAGCCACUCGAGAAUACCGUGAAUGCGGAGAACCGUGAAAACAGUUCGGGCGUUUAACACAAGAACGUUUAACAGGAAAAGAAAAAUUUGUAAAAGAUGAAUAUGCACACAGCGGAGGAAAGCAAAAAGAAAAAUAAAAAAAAAAAAAUAGGAGCCGUAAGCGUAGUCACCGAGCAUACCUUAAAAAAAAAAAAAAAAUAACAUAUGUAUAUGAUCAUAUAAAUAUAUAUAUAUAUAUUAAAAAAAAAAGAAAAAAAAAAGACUACAAGAAACCAACACGCGCAUCUAUAUGUGUAUACAUACAUACGUUUACAUAUGUAUAUGUAUAUAUACACACACGUAUAACACAAGAAUAUGUAUAUUAUAUAUACAUACCAGAUAUAAAUGUGUAAGAAGAUAAUAUUAGCCGACAACUAGAGAUUAUAUCGAGUAUAAGCUUAGAAAACGGAGAACAAGAGAAGCGGGCGGAAGUGGGGUGUGCGCGUCAUCCGUUAACGCGUUAUACUCCCCGCGAUAUACUGUGUUAAAUACCCUUAGCCGUAAGAAAAAAAAAAAAGAAAAAAAACUUCGAACGAUUGUACCCGUAUCUCGUGGAAGAGAUAGACACGAGAAAAAAAAUGUUGUGGCUAGCCUGCCGGACCCCCUGAGCCCCUCAAAAUAUGAAUUAAAAAAAAGAAAAUAGAAAAAAAAAAACGUUCGUUGUAGAAGAAUGAAAGAAACGAAAUUAUAAGAGCGAAAGAAAAAAAAAGAAGAAGAAGAGAGAGAAUAAUGUGUGCGCAUCGAUUGACGAGUGUGCGAGUAAAAUGAACGAGAGAGGAAAGAGAGAGAGAGAGAGAGAGAGAGUGAGUGAGUGAGUGAGGGAGAGAGCGUGUGUGUAUGCGCGCGUGCGAGUGAGAAAGAGAUUCACGCGUCUCGAUGAAAAAGAAAGAGAAGUUCUUUGGAGGAAGAAAAGUUGUUUAAUAAUAACGAUAAUUACGAUCACGUCCGAUUCAUACAGAGAUUACGACGUUCCUUCAUUGUUUCGUAGUUUUUCGUACGAUCCGACGUGCGCGUCACGGGGUCCGUGUUAUUGUAAACCAUGGACCCCUUCCCACUCCCACCCUUCAACCCCCCCCGGCGCGGUAUGCGGCAUAUCACUUACGACCGUACGCUAAGGAGUAAGGUGCCUUUUUUUCACUUCAUCGUGUGUAUGUAUUUUGGGGUUAAAAAAAAAAAGAAAAAAAAAAACAAAUGAAGAAAACCAAAAAAACGAAAAAAAAAAAUAUAUAUAUAUAUAUAUACGCGAGGAAACAAAUGGGGGAAAAAAAGAAAAAGAAAAAUCGAAAACGCAUAAGAAUUUUUACGGAUUAUCACGCGUAAAGAUAAAAAAAAAAAAAAAAAGGACGGCAGGACGGAGCUCAAGGGAAGGGGCAUCGGUGUGUUAACAUCCAUCCAUCGUGCGUCGUCCGACACGAUUUUCAAACGUCGCCCGAAAAAAAAAAGAAAAUCCUUUUCCGAACUUCUAAUGCGAAGCGUUAGAAACGGCGUUUGAACGAAUUAUGUUAAAAAAACGAGAAUUUUCGAGAUGUAUUUCCGCGAAUUCGGUGAACGGCCCGCGGGGUCCCAUGGCAGCCUCGUUGCAUAUACUUUAGGCUUAGGAGAUGUAUGCAGUCGCUAGACGCAAACUCGAGGAGCAACAGCCGGGCGAAAGAAAAAAAAAAAAACCUUGUACAAUGUACGUGUAAUUUGUAACGACGCGACAGAGAUGAUACGCGAUAAAUAAAUGUAUCAGGCGCGUGCGCACACACGGAUCAACACACACACACACACACGCAUACACAUACACAUACACGCUGAUACACGCAUAUAUAUAUAUGUAUAUGUAUAAAACAUGAAUGAAGUGCAUAUACACGUAAAAACAUAGGAAUGGAUAAUACAAACGUACACUUUAUACACGAAUCACAGGUGACAUUUAUCUGAAAAAAAAAAAAGAGAAAAAAAAAUAGAUGCACAUGUGCACGUGCGCAUAGAGAGAGAAAAAAAAAAGAUGAGAAGAAGAAGGGGAAAGAUACCUCCAAAAGACAAUUUUACACAGGAUGUAACAAUGGAAACGCGAGACGCCCUGGGACGUGCGUGAAAAAAAAAACGUGUAUGAUAUUAUGUAUACAUAAUAUAGCAUAUAAAGUAUAUUAUAAAUAAUGAUGAAUAUAAAUAAAAAAUAUAUAUAUAAAUACUAUGAAGAAGUAAACAAAGUAUAAAUAUGAAGGAAGUAUAUAAACGAGAAUAUAGGAUAAAACACGCUUAGGCUUAAGAGUAUAAGAUAUUAUUAUGAUGAUGUAUGGUUGGUUUAUAAUGUAAAAUAUAUUAUAGAAAAUGUA